AUGGCUACUUUAAAGAAUUUUUGGAUCGAAUUCAUCGAUUUAUAUAAAUCCCUACCCGAACUAUGGAAGAGAGAUGCUGAGGAGUAUGGCAACAGGCAUAUUCGAAAGAAAGCCUAUGAGGUGAUGGUCGACAAAUACAAUGAAAUUGACAAGGAGGCCAAUAUUUAUACGGUCAAGAAGAAAAUCAAUAAUAUGAGGACAGCAUUUCGUCGGGAGCUGAACAAGAUGCGUAAAAGUGAACAGAAUGCAUCGUCACCGAAUGAGAUCUAUACACCAACACUGUGGUAUUAUUCACAUUUGGAAUUUCUGAUAGAUGAAAUGGAUGAUGAGGAUGAUAUGGAUGCGACGACAGCAACAAAGAUGGAACUAAUGGAUGAUAUUGGCAUAAUGAAUGAUGAAUAUCCAAUAAAUAGAGCACCAACUCCGUCAACAUCCUCCCAAUCAAAGAAGAGAAAAUUUGAAAUAUCCAUACAGCAGCCGGAACAAAAACGACAAUAUUCACAACAGCCGCAAGACCACAAUAUUAUUCAACGACAACAACAUCAACAGACACCAACUGUAAUUGAUCCCGUUCGUGCUUUAUCAUCAUCAUGGGAGGUUUUAUAUCGUGAUUUAGAUAAGAAACAACAACUCUAUGCCAAUCGAAUGAUUAACGAAGUUUUAUAUCAGGCCGCAUUGGGAAAGCUUAGCGAAAAUUCAUAUAAGCUAUUAGAAAUGGCUGUUGAUGAACCAAAUGGUCAUAUAACAUUUAGCCCCGAUCGAGAAUCUGAAACACAAUAUUAUUUGACGGAAUCAACGGAACACGACGAGAUCAUAAUGAAAAAGGACAAUGAACGUAAACGACCUAAAAAUUCGAAACAAUUGCAUAUGACUAAAUAA